CGGUCCCAAUAUGGCGGAGGCUUCCUUUGGAAGUUCGAGCCCAGUUGGUUCUUUAUCUUCUGAGGAUCAUGAUUUUGACCCUACUGCUGAAAUGUUGGUACAUGACUAUGAUGAUGAGAGAACUCUUGAAGAGGAGGAAAUGAUGGAGGAGGGCAAAAACUUCAACUCUGAAAUUGAAGAUUUAGAAAAGGAAGGAAGCAUGCCUUUAGAAGAUUUACUGGCUUUCUAUGGCUAUGAACCUACAAUUCCAGUUAUAGCAGGUUCCAGUGCAGAUAGCUCCCCAAGUGAACUUGCGGAUGAACUGCCAGAUAUGACUCUGGACAAAGAGGAAAUAGCUAAAGACCUCUUGUCAGGUGAUGACGAAGAAACACAGUCUUCUGCUGAUGACUUGACACCAUCAGUUACUUCACAUGAAGCUACAGACUUCUUUCCUCGACCAUUAAGAUCAAACACUACGUAUGAUGGAGAUAAGGAAUCGGAUGGUGAAGAUGUUGAGGCAGACACUGGUAAUUCAUCUGAAGAUUUGAGGAAGGAAAUAAUGGUUGGUUCACAGUAUCAGGCUGAAAUACCACCUUACCUGGGCAAGUACAGUGAUGAUGAAAAGGUGUAUGAAAAUGAUGAUCAGUUACUUUGGAGACCUGAGGUGGUUUCAGAGAUUAAGGUUAAAGAAUACCUUUUUGAGACCUCGUUAAGAACUGGAAAUGAAAAAAAUAUUGGAAGAAUUCCUGAAGGAAUACACACACGAGACAAUGAACAAGCACUCUAUGAACUACUCAAAUGUAACCAUAAUAUAAAAGAAGCAAUUGAGAGGUAUUGCUCAAAUGGAAAGGCAUCUCAAGAGGAGAUGACCGCUUGGACAGAAGAAGAAUGCAGAAACUUUGAACAUGCACUUCUGAUUUACGGGAAAGAUUUUCAUCUCAUACAGAAAAAUAAGGUGAGAACUAGAACAGUUGCUGAAUGUGUAGCAUUCUACUACAUGUGGAAGAAAUCAGAACGUUAUGAUUACUUUGCUCAGCAAACAAGGUUUGGAAAGAAGAGGUACAACCAUCAUCCAGGGGUCACGGACUAUAUGGAUCGGUUGGUAGAUGAAGCAGAAGCCCUUGGUGGAGCAGUACAUUCUUCAGCCUUAACUUCUAACAGCAGAACAGAGCCCAUUCCUGAUCAACAGCUCAGCAUUCUGAACUCUAUCACUGCCAAUGACUUGACAGCAUUGACCAAUAGUGUAGCUACAGUCUGCCACUCUACAGAUGUGAACUGCUUGGAAGAUGCCUUUUCUCCUCUGGACAGCUUACCCCGAGCACCAGUUAAUCAUGUGCCUGUUGUAACAGAAGAGUUGCUUACCUUGCCUAAUAAUGGUGAAAGUGAUUGUUUUAAUUUAUUUGAGACUGGAUUUUAUCACUCGGAGUUAAACCCAAUGAACAUGUGCAGUGAAGAGUCAGAGAGACCUGCCAAGAGAUUAAAAAUGGGGAUUGCAGUCCCUGAAUCCUUUAUGAAUGAUGUUUCUGUAAAUAACUUGGGUGUGGACUUUGAGAACCACACACAUCAUAUUACCAGUGCCAAAAUGGCUGUCUCAGUGGCUGACUUCAGCAGUCUAUCUGCAAAUGAGACAAAUGGUUUCAUCAGUGCCCACACUCUACACCAACAUACUGCCCUUCACUCAGAAUGAUUCCAGUGGUGAACUACAAAAACAGUGGGUACUUAAUGCAGCAGCAGACUUGAUGGGAACUGUCAGGUUUGCUUAGUCUUUCACUGGAAGUUUGAACUUUAUGACAUCAGUGAUGUCUUUGUAUGUAUAGAACUAUAUCUUGAUUUAUCAAGAAUAAUUUCAUUUUUCAAUCCAUACGUGUGGAAAUGUCAUAUGAUGUUCGGCAGAGUUUGGGAUUAAGAGAACUCUGGUGCAGCUUUAAGCUCUGCUUCAAUUUUUUUUAAAGCCUGUAGACAGAGGUCACCAUCUCAAAACCAGCACAGAAGUUGUGAACUGAUUGAAGUGGCUUUUUAGUCUAAGUUACUUUUGCCGUAACAGAUGCAGUGGAAUAACAAUGUUUACAGGUACAGAUCCUGAUUCCUGCUCAAUGUAGCAUUUUUUUUUUUUUUAUAAAGGCAGGGAUGGGUUUCUUUAAUUUAAACUGCACAAAGAAGGAUGUUUUUUAAUGGAACCUUCUCUCAUGUGAUACUAAACUAGGGCACUUCAGUUUACAAAACAGCGAGUUCAUCUUGGUGGAAGCUAGCACAAGGGACUGUAUGAGCAAAGUGUGAAGACAUACACUUAGAUGCGGUUGCAAAAUUAUAGGCCAUGGCUACCUUACACAGAAGUAAUUAUACUGCCAGAAGGUUUCUGUGUACUUAAACUUAUUGGCUAAACAAAUACAUUUUAGAAUAUUGUAUUCUGAUGGGGUUUUGUCCACAACUUUUAAGAGUGUAAUGUAAUAAAUAACACCAGUUAUUUGUAUCAACUUUUUUCUGAGGCAGCUGAUGUAUAAAGCCACAGUCUGCAUGGUUUAGGAUUGACCACUAAAUGGUUUACAUUUGGGACACACCUUAAAUUGUUUGGAGCACUGCAGUUCAUUUGAGGGACUAUCUAGAUUUUGAUAUAGUGCAGUACAACCUUGAAGUAUACACUUGAAAACUUCCUUUAGCAUAGAUUGUGUUUAUUUCUUUUGGCAAGUCAUUGUCUCAAAAUGGCAUUUCAAUACUUUUCUCAAAUGGGAAUUGACAGAAGUACAAAUGCAUCUCAUACUCAAAAUUGUUUAUUCCAAUCAAUUUUUUGGUGAAUAUUCAGAUGAAAUUUUGGGUCACCAUAAAUUAUUCCAUUUAAUACCCUUUUAUUUAAGUUGUGUUACAGAUUCCAACAAAACAUAGUAUUGGUAUGUGAUAUGCUUCCAGAGCAUACAACUUUCAGGUUUGUGCUUUUUUUUUUUUUUUUUUUUUA